UCAUGGAGCACAAUGCAAAUGAUUCUGACAAUGAGAGUACCACAUUACGGGCAAAACUGUUUCAACAUGAGAGGCCUAUACAUGAAGUUCUUGGAGGAGGAAAAGUGGCUGACGUGUUAUUAUGGAGGAACAAAAAUGUGUCGGGUGUUCUUUUGCUUGGGGUGACAGCAAUAUGGUUUCUAUUUGAGGCUGUUGAAUACAAUUUUGUGACCCUCCUCUGUCACAUUUCCAUAACCACGAUGCUUCUGCUCUUUAUUUGGUCCACACUUGCAGAUAUCUUAAAAUGGAGUGGUCCCCAGAUCCCAGAUAUUAUUUUACAGGAUUCUUUCUUCCAGAACCUCGCUUCCAUCAGCCACAGAAGAUUAAAUCAGUUUAUUCAAACAUUCCUUUACAUUUCUUAUGGAAAAGACCUACCACGUUUUUUCCUGAUCAUUGUUUCCCUCUAUAUCUUGUCGGUGAUUGGAACCUACUUCAAAUUUGUCAAUCUGCUUUGCAUCGGUUGUCUAUGCGUGCAAACGCUGCCUUUUGUGUAUGAACGAUAUGAGCAAGAGAUUGACAAUCUUGUUGGCGAUGUCAUGCUAGACCUGAGGAGAAAAUAUAGAAAGUUUGAGAAGAAAUAUCUCAGCAAAAUUCCCAGAGGGCCAGUGAAGGAGAAGAAAAACAGAUAAACUUAGCUACACAAUGUUGAGUCACUUCCGCGGUGUGUCGGAGUUAUAAUAUGAAUAAUACGGUGAUCAAUGUACACUACAACUGCACUGCUAUGUAUAUACCCGCAUAUGUUCAGAAUAUCAAUUUUAAUGUCCAAUGCAAUUCUGAGGUGUAGA